CCGAGCGAAGCUCCGCCGUCCCGCUCCGCCCUCGCCGUCGGCAUCAAGGCCCGAUCUCGACUUCGAAUCUGCUUCUGCGCCGCGACCGCAGAAUCUCUGUCGGAGGGAGAGGGAAGAGAGGUGGGGUCGAAAGAUGUUCUUUCACAUCGUUCUGGAGAGGAACAUGCAGCUCCACCCUCGCUUCUUCGGUCGCAACCUCCGCGACAACCUCGUCGCCAAGCUCAUGAAGGACGUCGAGGGCACUUGCAGUGGUAGGCACGGUUUCGUGGUGGCGAUUACUGGUAUAGAGAAUAUUGGGAAAGGAUUGAUUCGAGAGGGGACGGGGUUCGUGACGUUCCCUGUGAAGUACCAGUGCGUUGUGUUUAGGCCCUUCAAAGGAGAGAUAUUAGAGGCUGUUGUCACAAUGGUGAACAAGAUGGGAUUUUUUGCCGAAGCUGGUCCGGUUCAGAUUUUUGUUUCAAACCACUUGAUACCAGAUGACAUGGAGUUCCAAUCUGGAGACAUGCCAAACUAUACGACAUCAGAUGGAUCGGUAAAAAUCCAGAAGGACAGCGAAGUAAGACUAAAGAUAAUUGGGACUCGCGUAGAUGCGACCGAGAUAUUCUGCAUUGGCACCAUUAAGGAUGAUUUCUUGGGUGUGAUAAAUGAUCCUGCUGCCGCCUAACAAAGAUGACCUCCAUUUUGUCUGCGAGGGAGCUGCAUGCCUGCGAUGUAGAAUGUCUGAGCCUACUGGUUGUAUUAUAUGUUUAGUGCUCUUGUAAAAACUUCCUAGAGGUUGGCAUGCUUUAGUAAAAAAAUUGUCGAGGUUGGCUGGCUUAUUACUGGCAUUUUAUGGAGUGUCACACAUUCUUUGGCAGGUUCUCAGUCUUGUUUACAUUAUGAAAUUUCUAUGAAGAAUGUUGCUGA